UGGGAUUCAUCAAGAGUUUAAGCCUGUGGAUCCGGCAGAUGAUACCCACUUUAAAUCCUAACCGUCCUUGUCAGAAGAAAACACACAUUCCGUCCAUUUCCUAACCGCAAGAUUCAGGUUUUUAAAAACACACGGAUAGGGAAUCUGGACCGUCCAGUUCCAUCAACCGCUGCAUACCUCAAUCUUAUAAAUCUCCUUCGAUCUGUUAAGAGAUGAAACUUUCGCAUUUGCCCGAGUGAUAGGCCUGGCCUGCUCUUGAUAUCCUUCCGAGGUUUGUUCAAAUCCCAGUGCCAUCUUGCUUUACAAUACGGAACUUGAUCUCAUGUGUAUGGGCUUGCCCUUUGAAUAGGAGACCAAUUACUGAUAUGAUUUUGCGGUUUUGUCCUAGCAAUUAUACGAUUAGGGUUUCUCGUUGCAUCUCCAAAAUUGCUAUGCUCCCACUUCAUUAGUACGGAGUAUUUGCUUCUGCCUCUGUAUUUUCUUUCAAAUAACCGCACAAUAAACCAUUUUAAAUCUCAUCGAGGCGGAUGAAGAAUUCUUGUCUAAACUUUGGUUUUAGGACACGGUUCCAUGAUCUUUUUAAAUUUUUGGAAUAAGGAUUAUUGAUCUAUCUCUUAUCUAAUGUCUGAUGUCACAUUCUUGUCAUGGAUGCGCAGAUGGCUCGUACGAAACAAACUGCUCGUAAGUCAACUGGAGGAAAGGCUCCAAGGAAGCAACUUGCAACCAAGGCUGCCAGGAAGUCUGCACCAACAACAGGUGGAGUGAAGAAGCCCCACAGAUACCGCCCUGGUACUGUUGCACUUCGUGAAAUACGAAAGUACCAGAAGAGUACUGAACUCCUGAUCAGGAAGCUUCCUUUCCAGAGGCUUGUCAGGGAGAUUGCCCAAGAUUUCAAGACUGAUCUACGUUUCCAAAGUCAUGCUGUCCUUGCCCUCCAGGAAGCUGCAGAGGCAUACCUGGUAGGUCUGUUUGAGGACACUAACCUGUGUGCCAUUCAUGCCAAGCGUGUGACCAUAAUGCCCAAGGACAUCCAGCUUGCUAGGAGGAUUAGGGGUGAACGUGCUUAAACAAUGAUCUUUAUCUCUAUGCUGUAUUAACUGUUGUCUGUCUCUUCUAGAUUUUAGUAGCUGCUGAAGCUUUUAAUAGCCUUUGCUGUAUGCCCAGCUGGUGCGCUUCUGUGCUGUGUUGAUGCAAAAGAUUAUUUUGUGAACUAUAAUGUGUAAUGUUUUUUGUCACACCCCUGGUGUUGAACAAUUUUAAUGUUGGUCAGUGUUUAUCUUAUUUUGUUUGUGACGUCGACAACUGGAGAACACAUUGGCAUAUGGUUGUGCUCUGCCAUUAUUUAAAAACAAGGUGGGUUACAUAAGCUGAAUUACCUCGUAGACUUCCAAACAAUAGCA